GCUCCCUUGCAGACUUCUCUUCUUCUUCUUUAAUGGAGUCCUUGCUCGCGAACUACGCCUCCGACGACGAUGACGAGCAAGAGAUGGCCUCUAAUUCCCAUCCCAAUCCCAAUCCCUCUCCCAAUUUUUUACUUUCUUCUCUCCCUCCGCCCAAAUCCCUACCCAAAAUUCCACCUUCCAAUUUAAACUCUUCGAAAUCCGAUCACCAUGAUCUCCCCAAACCCAAUUCCUCCCUCUUCUCCUCCCUCCCCCCGCCGAAAUCCGCCCAAAACCCUAAAAAAGUUGUGAAAUUUACGCCCCCCGUCAACCUCGCCAGUUUGAGAUCCACCGAUCUCGACGACGACGAUGAUGACGAGGAGGAGAUGGAGCGGAAGUCGGUGAAAAUUUCAUCUUCCAAUCCUUCCAAGGGCCUCGCUGCGCUGCUCCCUGCUCCAAAGAACUCGCUUUGCUUGGCCCCCAACUCCUCCGACGCUUCCUCGAGGCGUUCGAUUCUCGAUGCUGAUGUUCCAGCUAUUAGCCAGGAAGGUUUCGGAUCGCGCAAAGAGGAAGUGAUUGGUGGUUCUGAGAGCUUCGUCAAUGCACCCGGAGGAGAGAAUCUGGGGUUUACAACAAGCACGAGCACCAAUGAAGCUUCUACAUGGGAUCCGAGCUAUGGAGGUGGCGGAGUCGAGUAUGGAGGUUACACGGAGAAUUGGAGUGAUGGGAGUUAUGCUGGGAAUUGGUAUGAAGGGAGUGAGACGGUGGCAGAGCCAUAUCCAGUGAUUCCAGAGAUGGAAAAGAUUGGAGGGAAGAGAGGGAGGAGUGAAAUCCCGGCCAACAUUGUUGAGGUGAAGCAGGAUGAGUUGAUGAAGAACAGGCCCCGGCAAGACCAAGUUAAGCUGACAGGGAUCGCCUUUGGCCCCAGUUAUCAGCCUGUUUCAUCAGGCAAAGGGAAGCCAUCUAAGUUACACAAAAGGAAACAUCAGAUCGGCUCUUUGUAUUUCGACAUGAAGCAGAAGGAGAUGGAGCUUGCAGAACGAAGAUCCAAGGGGUUACUUACAAAAUCUGAAACACAAGCCAAGUAUGGCUGGUGACAAAUAUGUAUCAAGAAUCACUAUUAAAGAAAAACAUGUCAUUCUUCUCAUGUUCUGUUGUACCUUUUCCAUAAUCUCCUGCAUUCAUCUUUUUGAAACAAUUCUUUAGUUACCAAUGUCAUGUUCUUUGUACAAAGAAA